AAUAACAUAUAUCGCUGACAUAUCAAAAUCGUUGAAAGAUAACAACAUUGCAAUAGAUCAAUAGAAUUUUUGCGUAACAUCAAUUAUGAUAUAAUAUAAUGCACCACCUGUCUGAUUUAGUCAGAAAUGCCGCCCGUCCGUCGCUUCGUCAUAUGAAACAUCAGCACGCGUCGAUCGCGGCAGCACUAUGGAUAUUGUUCGCCGCCUCCGCUGCGGACGGCCAGCUUGUGAACCCAGUCACCUCUCUGGCCAACUUCCUGAACGAGGGCGGCCACCAGUACGACAACGAGCCCCCUGACCAGUCCGAGCUGCUCCAGGAGUACGACUACAUCAUCGUCGGCGCCGGCACUGCGGGCUGCGUCUUAGCUAACAGGCUCACUGAAGUCAAAGCAUGGAAAGUUUUACUAGUAGAGGCCGGAGUGAACGAAAACUUUAUCAUGGAUAUUCCGCUGGUCGCUAAUUACUUACAGUUCUCGUCCGCCAACUGGAAAUAUAAAACAAAAGCAUCGUCAAAGUAUUGCGCCGGAUUCGAGAACAAACAGUGCAACUGGCCCCGCGGCAAAGUGGUGGGAGGCUCCAGUGUGCUAAAUUACAUGAUUUACACCAGGGGAUCACCCUACGACUACGACAACUGGAAAGCGAUGGGCAACGAAGGCUGGGGUUGGGACGACGUACUUCCCUAUUUCAAAAAGGUAGAAAACUUCAACAUACGUUCAUUCAACGACCCCAAAUAUCACGAACAGGGUGGCCACGUUAACAUUGAACAUGCGCCUUUUCGUACUACAAAAGGAAAAGCGUGGGUAAAAGGAGCCCAAGAGUUGGGUUUCAAAUACGGCGAUUAUAAUGGUCCUACUCCAGCCGCGGUAUCGUUUUUGCAGCUGUCUAUGAAAAAUGGAACACGCCACAGUUCCAGUCGGGCCUACUUGCACCCUAUUAACGGAAGAAAAAAUCUUCACCUAUCAAAAGGAAGUUUAGUGACCAAACUGAUUUUAGAUGACAGCAAAACCAAAGUAAUAGGUAUAGAAUUAGAAAAACAUAAUAUGAAAUACACAAUAUUAGCGAAAAAAGAAGUAAUCUUAUCGGCUGGAGCUCUUAACACACCUCAACUGCUGAUGUUAUCAGGAAUAGGACCAAGAAGUCAUUUGGAAGAAAUGAAAAUACCUGUAAUAAAAGAUCUAGCAGUUGGUUACAAUCUGAUGGACCAUAUCGCCGCUGGAGGGGUACAGUAUAUAGUACGGCCACAAAACGUAUCUGUAUCUACAGAAUAUAUAUUUAAUCAUUUAGAUGUGGUUUUUAAAUGGAUGAGAACACAUAAGGGGAUACUGUCCAUACCUGGAGGGUGCGAAGCUCUGAUUUUCAUGGAUUUGAAAGACAAGUUCAAUACUACGGGAUGGCCCGACAUGGAGCUGUUAUUUAUAACCGGUGGACUGAAUUCGGACCCAUUGCUGCGCAGAAACUUUGGUUUUGACGACCAAAUAUAUACUGACACCUAUGGUCCGCUUGGCAGAGCCGAGACAUUCAUGGUAUUUCCCAUGUUAAUGAGGCCGAAAUCGCGCGGUAGGGUGAUGCUACAGAGCAGAAACCCUAAAGCUUCGCCUUUAUUGAUUCCAAACUAUUUUGACGAUCCAGAAGAUCUGCAGAAAAUUGUGGAAGGGAUAAAAGUUAGUAUUCAAAUAGCGCGACAACCUUCGAUGAGGAAAAUGGGCACAAAGAUGUACGACGUACCGAUAGAAGAAUGCUUACAAUAUGGUUCCUUCGGAAGCGAUGCAUACUUUGCGUGUCAAGCGCGGAUGUUUACGUUUACAAUCUACCACCAGAGCGGGACUUGCAAAAUGGGACCAAAGAACGAUCCGACAGCUGUAGUCGACGCAAGGCUAAGAGUACACGGAAUUCAAAAUUUAAGAGUGGUUGAUGCCAGUGUGAUGCCUGCAGUACCGUCGGGGCAUACGAAUGCCCCCACUUUUAUGAUAGCGGAAAAAGCAGCAGAUAUGAUCAAAGAAGAUUGGGGUAAAUGGAGAUGACCGGAGUAAAAGUGUGUGCCACG